AUGACUGGAUUAUUAUCGACCAAAUACAGGACAGAGAAGAUCUACCCCACCGUCGUUGGGGAAAAGGAAGAGAAUGUGAAAAAGAACCGCUAUAAAGACAUCCUGCCGUUUGACCACACGAGGGUAAAGCUGACUUUAAAAACAACCAAUCAGGAUGCAGAUUACAUCAAUGCCAGCUUCAUCAAGGGAAUGGAUGGUCCAGAGGCUUACAUCGCUACCCAGGGUCCUCUACCCAACACUGUCAUGGACUUCUGGAGAAUGAACUGGGAGUACAGUGUAGCCGUCAUCGUAAUGGCAUGUCGAGAAUUCGAGAUGGGAAGGAAAAAGUGUGAGCCG